AUGGAUUUAGAAACAAGUAAAAUAGUCGAGAAUAUCGUUGAAGACAAACCAACUUCCACAGAGCAAAGUGAAAAUGUCGAAUCUUCAAUAGUUGAACCAAUGGUUGAUGCUGCUUCCACUGAGGCAGAGAAGACUGAAAUAUCAACAACCGCAGAAACAGAGGUUACUACAGUGACAGCAGAGAAACAAGAAGAAGAGGUGGUGACAAAACAACUUGAUAAAGAGGAUGAAGCUGAGAAAGAAGAAGAAGAAGUAGAAGAAGAGGAGAAAGCAGUAGAAAAGGAGCAUGAAGCCGAAGGAAAAGAAGUGGAGGAAGAAGAGGAGGAAGAAGAAGAAAUAGAGAAGCCAGAAAAGAAACCUAGAAAGAAGAGAGAGAAGAAAGAUAGUAAGAAGGAAAAGAAGGAGAAGAAAGAGAAAAAGAAGGAAAAGAAAGAGAAGAAAGAAAAGAAGAGUAGAAAAUCAAAGAAGAGCAAGAGUAAAUCAAGUGAUAAUGAAGAGGAGAUGGAGGAUGCUGAAGAUGUAGAUGCCGCUGAGGAAGUCGAGGAGGAUGCAGAUGAAAAAUCAGAGAAGAAGAAGGAAGUCGAGUAUGAUGAUAUCUUUGGAAGUGAUUCGGAGAAGAAAGAGUCGGUAGUAGAGGAAAAGUCAUUCACUAGACUCUCGAGAAGUAAGAGAGCUGCUGCCACUGCUGCCACUCCGACAAAGAUCAAGGUUAAGAAUGUUGGCGAGAUCAAAGAAGACGCUGGUGAGAAUGACGAAGAACAAUCGUCGAGUGACAAGCGUGCUGUUAUGAACGUGGACGAUGACGAUGAGAAUCUAGAUAAGGAUAGAGAUUAUGAGGCAUCGGAGGAGGAAGAAGAAGAGGAGGAAGAUGAAGAAUCAGCAUCGGAUCAGCAAAGAGAAGAAGGAAAGAAGGGAACAAAGAGAAAGUCAAAGAAGAGCAAGGAUGAAGAUGGAGACGCCAGCGAUGACGACGAAAGUGGAAGCAGCAAGAAGAAGAAGAAGAAAUCGAGUAAGAGGAAGAGCAAAGACGACAUGAUGGAAUCAACAGAUGGAAACAACGAAGAUUUGGAACCGAAUCCUUUCGAUGUCGUGCUUCAAUCGAUGAAGGGAAGACGUGAGGUGAAGAAGCUCGACGACAACAUUGCCUACCAGAUGGCACGUGACAUCCUUGACAAGAUGAUGAAUGCAGCGGAUCUCGAUGUCAGUGCCAACAAGAAGCGUGCGCCAGCACUCAAUAAGAUUAUAUUGUUGUCAGAGGUCGAGUCGACUCUCAGUAAGGUGCAGCUUUACGACGUUUUGACUAUGGCCAAUCCAAGCAUCUUUCACGUCAUUGCAAUGUGGUUGGAGCCACUGCCAGACGGUUCACUUCCAAACAUCAAGAUCAAGACGGCAAUGCUGAAGGCACUCAGUCUUCUGCCGGUUGCACGUGAUCAAAUCGGACGAAGUGGAGUCAAGAAGAUGGUAAUGGCCAUCAAUAAAUCGGAAAGCGAAACACCAGUCAUCAAGAAACUCGCAUACGAUGUCAUUCACAAAUGGAAUCUACCCAGUCAAAUCAGAGAGGAAAGACAACACGAUGAAAUCCAAGUGGAUCCAGAACAACUUCACAAUGUAGAUGGUUUAACUAAAAAAUUCACAAAAGAUGAUUAUUUACCAGCACAUAUUAAGCAUGCCGUUUCAAUUCCAAGAGCCAACUUGAUCUAUACAAAGAAGCCAAAAGGAAUCGAUGAAAGUGCACACAAUGCUAGAGUAUCACCAGUUAGAACCAUCAGUAAGAUUGAUAAGGAAAUCGAAAAGAAGAUCAUGAGACAAACUUACAAAGGAAAUCCAAGAGCGUUUACUCUCAGUGUUGAAGGUAGAAAUCUUAAAUGA